UGGCCUCCUGUCUUCAGCUGAGACUGUCUGCAUUGACUGGACACCAUGAGGCUUCUCGUACUGCUAGUGUUGGUGGGAGCUGCGGUGGCGGUGCCCAGAGAGGAAGGCCGGAUCAUUGGGGGAACAGACUGCCAGCCCAAUUCUCAGCCCUGGGUCGCCUCCCUCAACUACGGCUACCACUUCUGCGGGGCAGUGCUCAUCAAUGAACAGUGGGUGCUCUCUGUCGCCCACUGUUGGUACAACCCCUAUGCCAUGCAGAUCAUGCUUGGGGAGCAUGACCUGAGGGUGUUUGAGGGCACUGAGCAGCUCAUGAAGACUGACAACAUCAUCUGGCAUCCCAGCUAUGACUACCAGACUCUGGACCACGACAUCAUGCUGAUCAAGCUGUUCCACCCGGUGACCAUCACCAACGCUGUGCGGCCAGUUUCCCUGCCGUCCGGCUGCCCCACCGGUGGGAUGCCCUGCACCGUAGCCGGCUGGGGCACCACAUCGGUUUACCCUAUGAACUUGCCCCUGCGCCUGCAGUGUCUGGAUGUCCCCAUUGUGGAUGCCGCAAAAUGUGAGAACUCGUACCCUGGGAUGAUCACCUCAAACAUGGUGUGUGCUGGAUACAUGGAUGGGGGCAGUGGUGUCUGCAACGGUGAUUCUGGCAGUCCUCUGGUGUGCCGUGGGGAGCUGCAUGGGCUGGUAUCGUGGGGACAGGGGUGUGCUGAGCCCAAUUACCCUGGUGUCUACACAAAGGUGUGCGCCUUCCAUAACUGGAUCAGGGAGACCAUCGCGGCCAACUAACGGAUCAGUCUCCCGCCUUCCUCCCUCCUCACAACCUCUCUCUCCUCUUCCUCUCCUUAAGUCAACCUCUUUCAGACAGUGGCUGUGUAAAAGACGAAUUAAAGCUCUGUCGUACAUUG